AUGGUCCUCCUAGUAACAACCCCCCGCAUCCUCGAUGCCAUCUCGUCGCUUUCCUCCUCCGAUCGGUCCUCGCUCCCGCCUCUACCCACCACCCCCGGAGCUCCAAUAGAGCAUUCCGCAGUCAUUGCUCUCUCCCGUCUGACAAUAUCGCAGGCUAGACGAUAUACUCUGAACACCCUACUCCUGGGCACACAUGUCUACGUUCCGCCUCCAGCGCCCAAGCCACAGCCAUCGCCGGAAUAUGUGGCCCUCAUGGACCGGCUGCGCAAAGAGCAGGAGCAACGGGACUACGCGCACAUGGUCUCAAAGCGAGCGUCAGUCUACGGAGGAGUAGAAGAAGGAGAAGGAGAAGAGCGAGAUGAUAUUAGUCCUUCAUUGGUGUUGAACAUCCUUCUCAGCAUUGUCCUGUGUGCCAUCGCCAUGUUCUACUUGACCCGAUGGUGGCCCAAUGAUGGCUUACGGGUGUUGGUGUCGCUGUCGACGGGGAUGGUGGUGGGUGUCGCCGAGGUCACUGUGUACGCGGGCUACUUGAGAAAGGUGCGACUGAGCAAAGAGAAAGAGAGGGCGAAACGAGAGAAGAAGCAGUUUAUUGGCGAGUAUCGGGGUGAAGCUAUCCCGGAAUCGGUCCUGUCCGUUCCAGCGGAGAAAGAAGAGAUCUGGGGUCGUGGCGCCAACGGAGGCAUGAGAAGAAGAGUCAGAGAUAAAUGGGAGAAGGACCAAGACCGGAACAUAUCGUGA